AUGCUCUGUAAGUCUCUCAUUUCGCUAAGCUUAGCUGCCACCGCUGUCCUUGCAAACAAGAAGCCCGGGCUCCAUUACGAUCCAAACACAAUCAGCUCUUGCGCUUAUUGGUUCGACAAUGACGAUGGAACGCCGUGUGAAACGGUGCGCAGAAGAUGGGAGGUGUCUCCAGAGACAUUUCACGAAUGGAAUCCGUCCGUUACGGUCGACUGCAAGAACUGGAACUACUGGUCCUACUGUGUCGCCAUCCCUGAUGUUACUACUUCUUCCACUACUCGACCAAAGCCGUCUGCUACGGCUAUGGCGCCGCCGCCUCGCCAUCCUGCAGACAGCUGGAUCGACCGCGGCUGCUACCUGAUCUGGGACAAGAUGCCACUUGACAAGUACAACAGCGCGGUUAGCAGCAGCAACCUCAACCACUCGUCAUGCCAGAACGCAUGUUGGGCUGAUAGUUUCAGGUUUGCCGGCUUCAGAGCAUCCACUGAGUGUUGGUGCAGUAACAGUAUCGUUGGUCGUAGCACGGACGGCGACCCUGACUGCAAUUUGCGCUGCUCAGGAAAUAGUAUGGAGUUCUGUGGUGGUAAGGACAAGUUCGAUAUGUUUGAAGGCUCCUAUACCCUACGUCCACUCUCACAAACAACGAGUAUACCAACCUCCACCUCAAAACCGCCCUCUUAUACGUCAGAAUCAUCCACUUCUCCGUCAAAGUCGCCUACCUCUACUUCGACAACAUCUACCUCCUCCGGAAGCGAUCGAUACACCAACAAGACAGACAUACUCACAUUCGCCACAGCCUUAGUUACAUUAUUAAGUUUACGGGCAUGGUAA